GUGAGGAACGCUUACGUCAGUGUCAGCUGUUUUCAUACAACAUGCUCUCAUGCCGGCAGGACGUUACUUCACAAUAACAUAGAAUGCGAUGACAAAAGCUAGUCUUCCUAUGCAUGGACAGCCGUAUAUCUCGACUAAGCUUCGGAUCAGGUGGAAGCAGUGAACGGUUUGACUCCUGUGGUGGAUUUCCACGCCCAGCUGUGUUCGCCUUCAAUCGGAUGAAAUCGUACAGACGGCCGCUCAGAUAAGGUGUGGGUUUCCUUAAUGGCUUUCUGAGUAUUUGGUGACUUUCCUGCCAACAAUUACAAUGGACUUAACAGUUUAAGAGCAAAGAGUUCUGUCCUCACAUCCAUGGUGGUGAACCUAUCUGAUGGAAAGGAAGGCUGUCAAACAGCUCAACAUGGUCUCCAGGCUGCCCAAGUUUGCUUCCCGUCCCUCAGGCACCAUGACUGCCCUUCCCCAAGGAUCUGCCCUCCCGGUUUCCUCCUCAGAAUCUAAAGGUGGACUUCUAGUCAGGCCCAAUAAUAUGACACGUCUACAAUCCCUAAAUUGGAGAAAGGGUGAAGAGGACAUUGGAAAUAAAGUUCAACACUGUGACUUGGAUGUAGAGACUAGUGCAACUAAUGUAACAUCAGUGAUGCUGACUAAAAAGCCUUCCCCUGCAGCUGCAGUAAAAUGUAAAAGUGCUUUACAAAGUAGUUGCCCCAGGAGCAUACCCCAGCCUAGCAAAACCUUUCCCCGCAUGACUACUCCAAAACGACUUUCAACAGGAAAUCCGCUGUAUAAUAAUAUGGCUUCUCAGAAUGGAGUAGGUGUUGGUAAUGGGCGAUGUGGUUCCUCAGGUCCCGGUGUUGGUCAUGUUUCCCAACAAAGAACCCUGCAGAGCAAACUAUCCCUGUCCAAUGACAGCAUCAAGUCUGACUCUAAAGACAGCAUAGUGCGCUCUCAGAGUUUUACUCACUCCAAGAGGGCAACAUGCCCCACAAACCCACCUAUUACCCGUUCCUUCUCCUUUAACAAAGCUACAGAGCUUGCUAAGGAACUUCCCAGACCUUUGGCACAGUCUCCAGUGGCUAAAUCUUCCCUCAUACAGCCCAAUACAGUAUUAUCCGAAGAAAAAGUAAAUAAAUACGGAAUUCCAAGGCCUGCUGUAACUACUAGCAGUCAUCUUUUGCAGACAAACACAAUAAAGAAAUCUCUUUUACCCAGCUUUUCAGGUAACAAAACUUCUGUGCUUAGUUAUAGACUUACACGUCCAACUCUAAUCAAACAUCCCCGUCCUGUUCUCCUCGGAAUUGUCCAAAAAGAUGAAGAAUUGAGUAAAAAUGUCCAAGACACUACAAAGAUAGCAGAACCCAGUUCAGAACCAAGUAGCAACAUUGCAAGUAUUGAAACUGUCCCAGAUGAGACUUGUUUUGAAGCAAAGGAGUCUGAAGGGAGUCUGGGCCCCUCCUUGGAGGACAUGUCGCUAUCAUCGUCCUCCUCUGUGGAGCAUAAUGACACUAGUGAAGAGUACAUGGAUGACUUUGAUAAUCUUGGGAAUGGAGGUGAGACCCUUCUGCUGCCUAGCCUCAGCAAAGGGUUGGAUCACUUUGGACUGUGUAAAGAUGACAACACUCUAAUUAGCAAGUGCAAUGAGGAAUCAGCUGUGACCAGCCUGCACAACUUCUUAUCCGAAACUGUUGACUGGGCAGGGAUGGGCCUCACAGCUGGUAAAGAUGGCUUUGAGCGUGAGACAUUGUCCCCUGUAGGUGAUUUUCCUCAUGGAUCGUCUUUGGACCUAUCACCCUCAGAUAGCUCUGGAGGAACUUACAUGUGGGACGAGGAGGGAAUGGAGGCUCUGGGAGGCUCUGGACACCCCUGUGGAAGCUUUGAUUCUGAUCUCAACAGCAUGGCCAUUCUCGACAACCUGGAAAAUGUGGAGUCAUGUGACCUGGAGGAAGAUGACCUCAUGUUGGAUUUGGACCUGUCUGAAGAUGCAUCGUUACACAGUGACACUGAUGGGACAUCACCUUAUGAAUACUCUGAAAAAGAUGGCUGGCCUUCUCAGAGGUGGAAACGACCGCAGCUCUGGGGCAGGAGCGAUCAGUUCCGCCGUGAAAACAGAAGUGGCAUUUUACAGUCGUUUGACGGCGAACAGGGGCUGGAGCGGUCAAGGUCAGACCAUGUGACAUUAGAUGAACUGACUCUGAAACUCAUGACUCAAGACUGCUCUUCUGUCAAAGAACAGCUGCUUCAACUGAAGACACUGCUUCAGAUGGAGACAGAGGGUUUAGUUGAGGAUACCUUAGAGGCUAAUACUCCAUCAUCCACUGACCAAUCUUUACUUGAUCAGAAGGUGGAGCUGCUCUUGAAAGAGGUUCAAGAACUGAGAGAUGAGCUCAGAAGCAAAAACAGGAUGAUCGCUGAACUUUCCCAGCAGCUGUCUUCUCCAGUAGAGGAUAUGCAGUGCCGCUGUUUGCAGGGGUCAGAGGCUAACAAGGAGUCAACGGAGCACCAGGACAAAGAUACUCAAACCUUGUGGAAGGCACACAAUCUUCAAAUACUACAGACUUCCCGAUUCUUACCCAACAAGCUCCACAACCAUGAAGGACUGUCAAGCCCAACCUCUCCAGAGGCCCUUUGUGACGGUUUGGAUGCCGAGCCUGGUCACCACCCACUGAUGCCCCAGUCCUGCUCACCAGACCUAAAAAGUCCCAUUACUGUUGAGUCUACCCCAAACUGUGCUAUACCAACGGUAACUAUAUCUGCUGACAGCUCUGCUGCCUUCUCUUCCAGAACUUUUCAGAGCUCUGAUCCUGCUGAGCUUGGCCUCAUGAGCAGCCAGGUUAAAAUCAAUGAGCCAGCAAUCCCACCAGCUUCUGCCAGCUUUUGCUGCAAGCUAGAGAGAAAUAUACAAAAACUUCCUUUGAGAAGAAGCAAUUUUUCAACCCUACAGCCACCCACCUCUAUUAAGAGAGCUUCGACACUCAUCAAGCCCCAGGAAGUACAACGGGUCAGUGUGUUCACCGGAGCCCUAGGUAGGCUUGGAGCCACAGGUCUAUCCAGAACAAGACAUCAACCUUUAUCAGCUGCAGGACUGCUUUGCAUCAACCCAGCCCAACAAAAUACCACGCACAGCACCACUGCACCAAUAUUUAACCAACAAAAUCAAGGGUGCAGACAGUCUUUAUUGUUCAGAAACAUAGAAAGCAGUUUGCCCAGAACCAGUGCCCCCCUCCAGCUCAAACAUUCCCGCCUUCCUAAGCCAAAGACAAUUUCUUCUCUAACAAACCCUGCUGCUCAACAAGGUCAAACAACAACCUCCCCCGCUCUGCCUUCUCGUAUGCUUCCGCAGUUCUAGAUUAGCUAAGCAGGGCUUUGGACAUCCCACCAGAGUGUAGAAAAGCUGCUUCUUAUGUCCCUGCUUGUAAAGCACCAAUCAAGUGUCCUAGCAGUUAUGCUUACUAUGUACAAAACAUGACAAAAUGCACUAAGCUCUAAGAGAAACUACUGUCAAACUUGUACCUAUGCACCUUGCAUAAGAUAUUGCUCCUUUGAUAGAUUAGCGAGCCACACUCUAGGAUAGCAACCAAACCCAAGUAGUGUUGUUAUAGCUCCCACAUGAGUUUUUUUGUAUCACUCUCAUUGAUUCUGUUGAGAGAGACUUGCUUUUUCCUUUCUUAACUACCACCACGGUAUGUGCACCGCGUGGGCCAUGAUGAAGGGAUGCCCACUGAGAUUUUCAGAGGAGCCGUCUCUUCCAAUUGCUUCUCUACCCAUCUCUCUUUGUACCUUUGUUCUUUGCCACUAGCAUGAAGAUUGUGUCCUGCUGGAAUUGGCCUCCCACCACCGUAUCUAAUGAGAGCAAGUUCUGGAAGCCAAGUCAAUCUUAACAGCAGAAUGAGUUGUAAGGCCAUGAACACAAUGUAAAAUAAAAAAAAGGAAUGUUAGCCUCUAUACACUGAGGGAAUUUGAAAUGCAAAGUUACUUUAUGAUUAUAGUGAUUUCACCAAGCAGGACAUGUUUUUGAUUGAUACAACAGUUCUUUCUGGUCAUUGAAUCUGAUUUCCUGAUAAAAGUAUGAUGUUAGAGUCCAAAUUAGCUCCAACAGCUGUUUCUCUAUUUUAAUCCAUUUGCCGAUUUUCUCAUAGUGAGUGUCAUGGCGGAUGCUCAAAUCCAGAUGUGGCUAGAAGGGAUACAGCUUUGAUCAGAAUAAAAAUACGUUUCCACUUAUUAGAUUUGUGUUUACACGUCUACAUCUACCCCAACCUACCCCUCCAACAGUAAUUAUUGUUGUACAGUGUAACAGAAAUUAUGCUGUAUUUAUGUUAGCAUGCCCAUUAGCCACAGCUGUUUCCUUUCUGUCCCCCAAAUCCACUAUUAUUUUAAAAGUAAGACUGGUUUGUGUCAUGGAUGAGUUUUUUAGGUGAGAGUGUACUUAUUUGGAUUUAAAAUAUGCAGUUUGUUAAUGAGGAUAAUGUCUAUUUCAAUAUUUGUUUUGACAUUUUAGAAGAUGUGAGCACCCCACCCAGAGUGUCUCACCAUGGCCAGAUCUUUUGGAAUUCGCCACUGGCUCUGAUCCCAGUAUAGCUGUUAAAUAUGAGAUACAGUUUGUUGUGAGUAAAUCUAACAAGCAGUCUUUUGUCUUUUUAAUCUAUUAUUUGUUCAAGAGCAUAUAGCUUUGGCUGAGGGUAAAGUGUCAUCAAGCUAUAAUUGUAAUUUCUGUCCUGAUUUCAAUUUCAGAAAUAAUAAUUGUGUGUGUUUGUGAUGAUGACUUUAGUCGGAGUCAAGACACAUUUUUUACAAGUCAGCAGUAAAGACUUUUAAAUUGAAAAAGAGUUAAAGGAAUAGUUCCCCCAAAAAUUAAAUUUCUGUCAUGAUUUACUCACCCUCAAGUAGUUCUCAAAUAUCUUCCUUUGUGUAGACAUGAGAUAUGGCUGUAUGUUCCUAUAUAAGUCUAUGAGUGUGAUAUUUUAUCAAGUCAUGCCCUACUUGGUACAGUCAAAGUGAAUUGUGCUUGAUUGUGACUUACAGGAAUCAAGGAAUGCUUUGGUAUUUUGGCAAAACAAAACACAGUGAUUCAAGUGCGGUGCCUGAUUGAAAAUCAUAGAACACAGAACAUGUUAAUUUAUUCUCUUACUAGCUGCACCAAUGCAACUAGUUCUGCUUAACCCACUCUGAGUUGAAUUUGUAUUAGCAACAGCCAACACAGGAGGUGGGCAUGCUAACAAGGACACUGAAGACUGACUAUCGUCAGUCGCUAGUAUGUCUAUUGAGGCCAGGUUUAUUUGAACACCUCUUACUUGCUGGCCUCCUGUUUCAUCCAAGCCUGAUUAUAAUUCAAUACCACACUCCUCAUUUUCUUCUCAGCUUAUUUCGUUUUUAUUCUACAAACAUUAAUAUAUAGAUUUCAUUAUACCCCUAUAUUUUACAAUUAUUCCUUUUUUCUCACAGUCUCUAUUUCCACACAGUUUGGAAACAGGACACAUCUUCCCACUUUAUCUACACUUGUAGUUCAAUCUUAUGAAAAAUAAAAUGUCCAAGCUUUGUGGCAACAGCUCCCAACUUUCAUUCCACAUCUAUUCUCAACAAGAUCCAGGUUGUCUGAUUGCCUUAGCAAACAUUGCAGGAAACGGUUAGCUCAGACACUUAUCUGGUGCGAAUCUGUCAGGCCUUUCAGUCAGCUCGACAGCUUUCUACACGAGUCAAACUGUUUAUCCCUGCAUCUCAGUUCAUCCUUUUUCAUUUAUCUCAUCCAUCCUCUUCCACUUCAGCAUGCUUUCAGAUGCCAUUUAAUGAGUCUAUCGAGAUGGCAUCCACAUUGCAUUAGGCACUGUUGAUGUUAAAAGGGUUUUAAUGAUACAGGUCCUUAAUACGGUGGAGAGGAACCUGACGCGAUAGCUAGAUUAACGCCAAACCCUCACCUAAAUCCCCAAAUCCUCUUUAACGUACACUCACUUCAUAAAAUGCUCCCAUAUACUUCAACUCUCUGCUUGUGGCUUCAGCUGUUACUAGAGAGAGUAUAGAUUUGAGUGAGUAGACAAUAUCUCUUCUGACGAACUGUAGAUAAAAUUAGGUGUUCUUUUGCUGAAGUGCUUUGGAGUGAAGAUGUUCUGAGUCGAUGGAGGUGAGUAGAGCCCUUACUGCAGGCUCAAGCAAACAAUUUAGUUCAGUUUCUCAUUCUACUAACAAAAAGCAGCCAGCAAUAUACAUAGCCGUGUUUUCCUACUUAAACAUGAAACAAGUGGCUACAACGCUUCUUUGAUUCUGAAUAUUAUUAAAGUAUAAUGUAUAAAUGUUAUUGAACCUAAAAUGACGUUGUGCUCUCCUUUGUACACGAUUAACGUUCACACAAGUGUCUUAGAAAAGUGUGUAGUUUAAGUGUAAUACAUGGUUCCAACGUUUUUCAGACAUCUUACAAUACACUGUAAACCUGUCUGUUGGUUUUUAAUUUAAAACUUAACUUAUAUUGUAUAACUUAUAUUAUAAAAAAGUUUUGCUUGGAAUGUAUACUUGUUCUAUAUAUUCUGUCACCUAAUGCCAUGACAUUCAUACAUUUUUAAAUGUUGCUUAAGUCCCCAAAUAGUUUUUGCCAUUUACCACACGGCCCAGCUACUGUGUUUGCACUCCAGUAGUUUGUAGAAAUAUAAUGUAGGACAUUAUGGUUACAUUGUGAUGUGGAGAGGCAAGGAAGGAUUAAUUUGUAGACGACCAGAGUUUAACCGACUAUUAUGCUCAUACUCUUUUCUCGUCUCCAGUCCUAAUUCUCAAUUUAACUUUAGUUUUAACAAUAAAUAAAACUUUAACAGGUUGAAUGCAACACAGUGUAACGCUCUGUGUGUUUAGAGAAUAAUUUGAUCCGGCUAAGGCAACGUGGGCAGGAGCAGGACAGAAAAACCCGACCUCUACCUGUAGGCUUUUGUGGGUGGGAGCAGGUCAAAAUAUUACAUCAAUUUUUCAGGAGUGGGCCAGGAUCUCACAGGAACAAGCUAGAACUGAUAUGAAAAAUCCAAGAAAAGUUAUGUGGUACAUUACUGUCUUUUAUAUCAGUAUAACGGUUUAGAAAUUAGAAAAUAAUGUCUAUCACUACAGGUCUGUAUAAAAUGCGUAAAAACCGUUAAAUGCUUCUCAAUUUUUUUGGAUUACUUGAAAUGUUUGAUUUGUAGCUAUAUCAUACUUGUGUUUUGUCUUUUGUGGUGGUACCUAUAAUAAACGCUGGUUUAUUGGGGAGAUGAGGGUUUACUUAAAUGAGGAUUUCACCUUCUGAUUUCUUUUGCCUUAACUGACGCAUGUUAACGCUUAAGGAACAAUAUCACUGCUGUAUGUCCCCCUGUAGUAUUAUAUAUAGUGUCGGAUGCAGCAACAUGUUAAUGCAUAACAGAGACACAUUUAUUUGCUCUUUAAGUAAUGAUUUUAUUGUUCUUGUUGUAUACCAUCUGUUUACUUAAUUUAUGCUACAUUAUAACUGUAUGAAAAUUGCACUGCCUUUUAAUGUAAACUUCUUUUCAAACUUAAUUUAUUUGUGCAUUUCCAAGUAUGUGUGUGUGUGUGUGCGUGUUACUGAAAAAGAAUACCCCUUAAUCAGAUAUGCACUUUAAAUGUAGAGAUGAGAGAUGUUUUCAUGUGCUUUGCGUCUCUCCAUGAGGCUGAGUGUACAAGAGCUCUAAAUAAAAACAGCACCAAAAGCUACUGCGA